AUCACAUCCAGUGGGUGUCUCAAUAGAAGCAUUAGUCCCAUGGAUGGUUGGCAGUAACGUAUUAUGUGUUACACUGAAACCUGUCCGGCGGAAGUCGUGCUCACGGCCUUAACACAAAAGAAAUGGCGAGCGGUAUCGGCAAACACAAGAUACUGAAUGUGGGGCCAACAGAGCCCUGGUCAGUCAGGGAGAAACUGUGCCUGGCCUCCUCUGUUAUGAGGAGUGGUGACCAAAACUGGGUGUCUGUAAGUAGAGCCAUCAAGCCUUUCUCAGAGCCUGGCCGUCCACCUGACUGGUUCUCACAGAAGCACUGCGCCUCACAAUACUCCGAGCUGCUGGAGGCCACAGAAGCACCUAAGCGUAAGCGUGGUGAGAAGGGCGAGGUGGUCGAAACCAUUGAAGAUGUCAUCGUCCGUAGGCUAACCACUGAGAGGAUAGAGGAGCUGAAAAAACUACUGCGAGACUCACAAGAGCAGUACAGGAAGUUGAAGAAAGAGGUGGAUCUGAUACAGACGGGUCACAUGGACACCCAGCUGAAGGAGCUGUGGGCAGAGAUCGCACUAAAGAAGAAGCAGGCGGAAGAGGAAGCAGAACAGAAGAGGAAAGCCACAGAAACAGCGUACCAAGCUCGUCAGGCGAUGAAAAACACACCUAAGCGUCUCCCCAGUGUAACUGUACGGUCUCCUCUGGGUGCUAGCCCCCCCACCGUUGAAUCUCAGGCUGACUCUUCGGUCCCCACGCCACCGAUGGAUACAGGAAGUGUUGCCUCUGAUGACACCGCCCCCACCUCCACCCACUCAGUUGCCCAGGGGGUCGGAGUGUUUCUACCAGCGACGGAUGCUCCAGGCCCAGGGCCCAAAGAUGGAGGCCUGGCCGCUCUAGUAGAUGACUCACCACAAAAGAGGCUCCUGACCCAGAAGGCCACGCCGCCGCCCUCACCUCUCCUAUCAGAACUGCUGAAAAAAGGCAACCUCAUCUCGGCCAGCCCCCGCCUGGUUGGGGAGGGAGACUCUACUGGAAGCCUCACUAACGGAGUACAGACCGCCACCGCAGCCACUGCCUUACCACCUGGCCAUGAGGUCAUCAUAGAGGGAGAAGCUGCAGUAAAGGCAGAGCUUGUUGAGGAAACGGGGUUGGUAGAAGAGGACCUUGUAGCUGUGUCUUACAUGGGAGACGAAUUGGACCUGGAGACAGUAGGAGACAUCAUUGCCAUCAUAGAGGAGAAGGUCGAUGACUCCGUGGAGGCCUUGGAUGCAGCAGCAGUGGAAGCAGCUCUCUCUCUGUGCGAAGAGGCCGUCUCAGAAGGACACACCCUCCCUGGCCCCUGGGAGACCCAGGAGCUGAAGGCGUCAGACCCGGCACCCACCGUCCCAGACUCCGAUGCCACACAGGAACCUCAGGAUGUGGCCACAAUAUCGACCCUGAUUCCUGCCGGCGUAGAGACCCCAAAUCAACCCGAAAUUAAAAGAGAACAACAACUUAAGGGAAUCUGCGAGGUACCUGAGGUAACAGGAAGUGAUGUCACCUCUUCUGUCACCUCUGACGAGUGCGCAACAGGAAGCGAGGUUACGGAGGAGAGGGCGGCGGGGAAGGUGGCCACUGAGGCGACGGUGAAGAGUGAAGGAGAGGAUUGGAGCCAGCCGGAGCCCAAUCCGCCCUGCAUAGACUCUGAGGACAGCUCCGUGUCCGGGAAAGAGACCAAGGAGGUGAAGGAGGAGGAGGCAGGCAGUGAGGUCGACCCAGAAGAAGGGAUGGAGCUGAAGGAGGAGUGCGGGGAGGGGGAGGGGCCCUAUCUGUCGGAGGUAGAGCGGGCGGCCAGCGAGAGUGAAGACGGCUACGGCCCGCCCUCCCAACGCUACACAGCCGAUUCACUGGCCAGCAGCCCGGCCUCUUCUUCCCAGCUAUCUACAUGUGGUGAGGACCAGGAGGCGGUGCAGGCCCAGAAGAUCUGGAAGAAAGCCAUCAUGCUGGUGUGGAGAGCCGCAGCCAACCACAGGUAUGCCAGUGUCUUCCUGCAGCCUGUUUCAGAUGACAUCGCGCCUGGUUACCACAGCAUCGUACACAGACCCAUGGACUUGUCGGCCAUUAAGAAGAACAUCGAGUCCGGCGUGAUCCGCACGACGGCCGAGUUCCAGCGCGACAUCAUGCUGAUGUUUCAGAACGCCGUCAUGUACAACUCGUCGGACCACGACGUGUACCACAUGGCGCUGGAGAUGCAGCGCGACGUCCUGGAGCACGUGCAGCAGUUCCUGGCCACCCAGCUCAUCAUGCAGACAUCGGAGAGCGCCAUCUCCGCCAAGAGCCUCCGCGGCAGGGAGGGGAACCGUAAGCCAGGAGAGCCGGCUGAGAAGGACAGUGUCCCAAUGGCCUCUCCUGCUUUCCUUCUCUCUCUCUUUGACGGAGGCACCAGGGGUCGCCGCAGCGCCAUGGAGGCUGACCUCAAAAUGAAGAAAUAGACUGAGAUUUCAGAGAAGGAGACACUUAGAGAGACAAAGAGUCACUCAGAGGAUGUGGAGCUGAAUACUUUACUGGUCACUUUGGUUGUUUUCUGAAGAGGACUGUGCAGUCUCUGUUUGCCGGUGUAUGUGUUAGUACACACUUAUACUUUGGCUUGGACGAGGGUAUGUGUGGAUGUCUGUCAGUGUGUCUGAGAGAGCUGCACAGAGCUUCUUCUUCUUCUCCAGUUCAUAUGAUUGGUUCAUGUGCAACGCCGCGGGAUUUCACUCCACUUUCCCCCCAAGUAUCAUUUCACCAGCAAAGGUAGUAGUUCACCAUUUCCCUCUGCUGAGAUGGAAAAGCGAAGAACUUUGAGAGAGA